CGCCUUUGACCAUCACGAAAACGGCCGUUGGUUCCCCUUCGCACUCCAUCUUGUCGUUGUAUCUCAGGGUUGAGGACGUAGGCGAAUACCACCUGAACCAAGUUGAAGUGCCCGAGCGACUCUGUUUGCGCGCAUUUAUCCAAGCGGCGAACCCGAACUGUCGACGACAUGGUCGUGAAGUUCUCUCCAGGACUACUGGAGCAGGUGAAGAAGCUCGCAACACAUCCGCAAACCCCCGUCUCCCUCAAGCAGUUUGUAGAAUUUGGGCACCGACCAUCACCAUUAACCAUCCUGCGUGGCAAUCAGUUUGUUCAAAAUGAGCUCCCAGUUCGCUUGGCUCACCGUGUUGUGGAACUCGAGAAUCUGCCACAUGGGCUGUCGGAUAUGCCCAGUAUCAAGCGCGUGAAGGACUGGUACACGCAGAGCUUUGAAGAUCUUAUGAAUCUUCCUGGACCGGAAUCCUACGGUGUACCAAUGAAAGCUUUGCAACAAGCUACUGACGACUCGGGUACAGGACGGAAAGGCCUAAAAUACUUCAAUCCUGGGAACAAUGGUAACAAUGGUAAUGACAUACAGGAGCUCGAUGCGUGGAAUGCAGAUUUCAUCAAAUGCAUAGAGAGGAUCAAAAGACGUCACGAUCCCACCGUAACAACUGUUGCACAAGGAGUUUUGGAACUGAAACAACAUUGGCAACGAUCGAAUUCCCCUUUGCUGAAGAACACAUCCGGCUCGCCCCUACCUCUUCCCACUGCAAUCCAAUCCUUUCUUGACCGCUUCUACAUGUCGCGUAUUGGAAUUCGAAUGCUGAUUGGACAAACGGUCGCCCUUCACAAAUCUUCGAUUGAUCCUCGCCUCACUCGUGAUGACUAUGUGGGCAUCAUAUGCACAAAAACCAAUCUGGGUCAGGUGGCAAAGGAAGCUGCUCAGGACGCACGAACCAUUUGUCAGGACUACUACGGCGUAUGGGGUGGGCCAGAAAUCAAACUUCUUGGGAAUCAGGACGUCGAGUUUAUGUAUGUGCCAUCGCACUUGCAUCACAUGCUAUUCGAGCUGUUGAAGAACUCGCUAAGAGCCGUGGUCGAGCGAUACGGUGUAGAUUGCGAUGAGUGGCCAGAGAUAAAACUGGUGGUGGCAGAGGGCAAAGAAGACAUAACCAUAAAGAUCAGUGAUGAGGGCGGAGGCAUCCCUAGGAGUGGAAUGCCCUUGAUCUGGACAUAUAUGUACACAACAGCCGAGAACCCUUUGCUGGAAGAAGGGUACGACCGCAGUGAUUUUAGAGCACCAAUGGCGGGUUACGGGUAUGGGUUACCUAUAACGCGUUUGUAUGCGCGAUAUUUUGGAGGUGACCUACGUCUGAUCAGUAUGGAAGGAUAUGGAACAGAUGCAUAUUUGCAUCUUUCCAGAUUAAGUGAUAGCGAGGAACCGCUACCUUGAUUGUCAUCAUCCUUUUAUGAACUGCAUUAAAGCGAUUGAACGGGGAAUCUAGAUCGAAUGCUUUAAAAAGAAUGUAAAUAUGAAAUACAUAUGUCCUUGAACAGGGCAACCAGCGUUCAGCUUCCAUAGAGUCUGAACAGCUUGCUGACACCCUCGUAAACCCC